UAAAAUGCAGGGGCGGGGCGGACCUUCCUUACCUGAGUCCCCAUGCUGUCACCAACCCAGUCUGCACCUUCUGGCGGACAUGACUGGCUCCUCCCCAGAUACGACUCAGGUGGGCAAGUAGUAUAAAUGUGCCAGAUCCUGGAAGAAGAAAAAAAAGAGAGAGAGAGAGACAGACAAGCUGCAGACUUAGGACGGUUGGGACAUGGGCAUGGCGGAUAGCUCUACUCCAGUAAGGCGUGUUCAAUAAAUCUUUUACCCAGGAUACUGCAGACAAUUGGUUCCAAAGUUCAAGGGUAAAAUAUCCAGGAGCACAGCGCACGGGGGAGAACCAAGAAGAAGACGAGUCAAAGGAAAGUGUCAAGGUGAUCCAUUUGGGAAAAUUAUAAAGAAAUCAGUCACUGGUGUUGACAGGAAUAAACACAGGCAAGACACACUAUGGCAGACAGUACGAGUCCAAAAGGCAACUCUGGUGACUUUGCUAAAAAAGUCCAGAGACAGCUAAGCAGAAGCAAGGAAAAGGUUCUGCAAAGGCUGGGGAAGACAAUGGAGAGCAGAGAUGACCAAUUUGAACAGUGUCUCCAACAGUUUAAUGACCAGCAGACUGAUGGGAACCGGAUGUACAAGGACCUGAGGAACUACAUUAAUGCAAUUAGAGACAUGCGUGAAGCUUCAAGACGCCUUUCCCAGUCUCUGUUUGACACUUAUGAGACCGACUGGGCUGGAGAGGAAGAUCUAGGAGCCAUCGUAGAGGGGGAAGACCUCCUGUGGAAUGACUUUGAGGUGAAGCUAUUAGACCAGGCCGUACGCACCAUGGAGUCCUACGUGAGCCAAUUCCCAGAUGUCAGGGAGAAAGUAGCCAAGAGGGGGAGAAAACUGGUGGACUACGACUCUUCCCUUCACCACCUGGAGGCACUGCAGACUGCUAAGAAGAGGGACGAUGUCAAGAUUAACAAGGCAGAAGAAGAGAUGAAUGCUGCCAAAAGUGUCUAUGAAGGCAUCAACACUGAGUUAAAAGAAGAGCUGCCUGUGCUCUUUGAUAGCCGCGUUGGAUGCUUUGUGACAGUCUUCUCAGCUGUAUCAAAUUUACGAGACAUCUUCUAUAAGGAAAUGAGCACGCUCAACCUCGAUCUACAUAAUGUGAUAAAGGAGCUGCAGGCUCAGCAUCCGGACAAAAUGUUUGCCUUGAAGGGAAUGCAACGAUAUGGCUCCCUGAAGAGACGAAGUCUAAUGUCCCCUAAGGCCUGGAAAGCCAGCUUCUCUGAGUUUCACAAGAGCUAUAGCCCUAAACCUGCCCAGAGGUUUAGUUUCAAGUCCCCGGACAAGCCUCGCCACAGCACUCUGUCCAGAGAGAGCAGCACCCUCGCAGUCUCCCCGCCAUCACCUCUUCUGGAGACCCCCGAGUCCAGGGACCUGGACGCGGGAUCCAGCCACAGCGAGUCCCACGGUUCUUCUGAACAAGAAGACGCUGCGGCUGGAAACCAGCUGAAGUCGGGGGAAGACAGCAGUCAGGUGGAAGAGGAGAAGGGCCUGAAAAAAGAGGAGCCUACACCUCCUGCAGCAUCUGAUAAUAAGGGAGGCGGUGAGAAAGCUCCGCCGAGCGAGAGCAGCUCUGAACUCAACAACUCCUGUGAUUCACUGAGCUUGGAGCUCCAGCUGUCUGCAGCAGACGACAGCCCGCUGCACAUCGAAGAGAGAGAAGACACUUUGCUAGUGCUCAACACUCCUAGACCAAAUGGACUGGAGAACGGAGAGGUUUCCGGGCUAAACUCUGACGCUAAGGACCUGAGCAUUCCCCACAAGAAUGCUCCUGCAGAAAAACAGGCAUCUCCGGAUUCAAAAAGCACAGACGUUUAAAAGAAGCACAGAAGAGAUUGAAGUCAACAGCUGCACAAGAGAGGAAAAUGUGGAGACAGCCGCACUGAAGGGUCCAACCGUGGUGUCAGGAAUGAUGGACUGUGCAUUGAAUUCGCUGGUGUUAGUUUUCUUAUUUGUCUUUUAUUGAAAUCACUUGUACAUACAGGUCAGAGUAUGGGUAAAUCAUAUUUUUUUUGUAACAGCCAUGUUUCAUCUGAAGUAUCCUUUCAAAAGUACUGCAGGACCGGACUUUAUCCCCACAGCGUCCAUUAUAUUCUGCACCAAACAGAUACAUUUUAAAGUCAGAGUAGUUAUAUUAUGUGUCUAAUGUUAGCAAACAUUAAUGCACCAAUAGGUUUACAUUGUUAGAAAACUUUCUUACUGACUACAGUGUGGUCAGCGUUGGCAGACGUACUGUGCUGUGAGCUUCAAUUCCCAUUUUUAGUUUGAAUUAAAUGUUUGACCUUUA